CCGCCUAAUGACGAUAAUACCCGCGUCGAUUUUUCUAUAAAAGGAAGCGCCCCUUCUUCCUCUCAGCUGCUAUGUCCAGGCUGUGUGAACUCUCUUUAGCUAAAGCCAAGGAAAGAUUCUUUUGUUUCAUUUUUCUAGAGCCAGAGGAUUAGAGAUGUUGGGUGUGUUUAGCAGCGCCAUCGUUUCUCCGCCGGCCGAGCUGGUAGCGGCGGGGUGCCGGACGCCAUCUCCGAAGAUAACGGCUGAUGCGCUGGUGAAGCGCUUCCUCAACACCAACCCAUCCGCUGUGUCCUUACAGAUCGGAGACAACGCGCAGUUGGCCUACACCCACCACAGCGAGUCCAUGCUGCAACCCAGAUCAUUCGCAGUUAAAGAUGAUAUCUUCUGCUUGUUUGAGGGAGCACUUGACAACUUGGGAAGUCUAAGGCAACAAUAUGGCCUUGCCAAGUCUGCAAAUGAAGUGAUUUUGGUCAUCGAGGCAUACAAGGCUCUUCGUGACAGGGCACCCUAUCCUCCCAACCAUGUUGUUGGUCACCUUAGUGGGAGCUUUGCUUUCAUCGUCUAUGACAACUCUACUUCCACCUUGUUUGUGGCUUCUGAUCAAUUUGGGAAGGUUCCUCUAUACUGGGGAAUCACUGCUGAUGGAUACGUCGCCUUUGCCGACAACAUUGAAUUGCUUAAAGGUGCUUGUGGCAAGUCGCUUGCUUCUUUUCCUCAAGGAUGCUUCUACUCGACAGCAGUGGGAGAACUGAGAAGCUUUGAGAAUCCUAAAAACAAGAUCACUGCAGUUCCUGCUAAGGAGGAAGAGAUCUGGGGUGCUACUUUCAAGGUGGAAGGGCCAGCAAUUCUUGCCGCCAGAGAGUAGAAGACUUUUCUAUAUCCAAUAAAAAGAGAGUUUAUGAUGAAGCUGUGCAAUCGGCAUAAGGGGCCAACGUGAAUUGCUGGUUAUGAAUCUUGGUAGAAUGUACAAGUAAAAAGCGCUGUUAGUUAGCAUUAUGGUUGUGAAAAGUAGUUGUAUCUUGCUAGCUUUGUCCUAAGCGCUUCGGUUUCUUCUAUGUACAUCCAUGUUUUUUUAAGAUAAAUAAAAGUAUGUUUGUUAGCUUGAUAACAA